AUGGCUAAAUAUAUUAGAAGAUACACGUAUGUUGAUGUCAUUGCGAGAGAUUAAUAUAAAACCUUUAAAAAUAUAUUUUCUUUGGUAGUAUAAAGAAAAAAUACAGCACAUUGAUUCACUGUUUACAUCUGAAAACGGUUAGUUGAUAUAGAUUUGUUUUAAAUCUGUAAUAACGCGUGUAAAUAAUAGAAUUGUAAACCCUUGUUGUUUACAAUUCUAUGAUUACACACAAGUGAAAACACAACACUGAAGAAAAGAUAUUGGUUAUCUGGUAAGAAACAUGGUGAUAAAAAUGAUUUCACUGAAGAGGAACAAUGUAUUCGUUUACUUUGGAAGACUAAAAUUAACUUCAUCAAGCUGAUACUAACCUGUAUUUACAACUCUUAGUUGAAUGGAUGCAAAAUAUUUCCUAUUUAUAAUGUUCCAUCCGCCUUAUGUGUUAAUAUUUGCAUAUCCAGAUGUAUCUUGAUAUUUGGAACUUCUUUAAUUACUGGUUAUUAAUUAUAACAUUGUAUCCAAAUAAAUCUACCAUUUAAAAGUGUUCCUAAACGUCUGAGAUAUAAACUGUCUUUGAUAAAGACCACCAUAUAGAAAAAAUGUAGUCAUAGAAAUAUUUUUGUUACAAACUACAAAGAAAACAGAAAAAGUUACAAGAUAUCAUUUUAUAUUUUUAAGUUAAAAGAGAAAAUUAUGGUUUUCAGUGAAUCACAGAUUAAAAUUAUUGAUCUGACUGAUCAGAUGGAAGACGAUGCAGAAGAGAAAUCACACAGGUGUGAUAUCUGUGAGGAAUUAUUCACAACAAGAAAUAAUUUAAUUCAACAUAAAUUAAUUCACUCAGUAUCCAAACUGUAUCACUGUCAUGUUUGUAGUAAAACAUUCACUAAUAGUAGUUUCUUAUCUCAACAUAAACGCAUUCACACAGGAGACAAACCAUACCACUGUAAUAUGUGUGAUAAAACAUUCUCUCAAAAUAGUAAUUUAUCUACCCACAAACGUAUUCACAUAGGAGAGAAACCAUAUCACUGUGACAUCUGUGGGAAAACAUUCUCUCAGAGUGGUGGCUUGUCUUACCAUAAGCGUAUUCAUACAGGAGAAAAACCUUACCACUGUGAUAUCUGUGGUAAAACAUUCUCCUACAGUGGUGGCUUGUCCUCUCAUAAACGUAUUCACACAGGGGAGAAACCAUAUCACUGUGAUAUCUGUGGGAAAACAUUUUCUCAUAGUAGUGGUUUGUCUUACCAUAAGCUUGUCCAUUCAGGUGAAAAACUAUACCAUUGCGAUAUCUGUAGUAAAACAUUCUCAAAUAGAUAUAAUUUAUCUCUUCACAAACAUAUCCACACGGGAGAGAAACCAUACCACUGUAACAUUUGUGGUAAAUCAUUCUCUCAAAAUAGUAAUUUGUCUACUCACAAACAUAUCCACACAGGUGAGAAACCAUACCACUGUGAUAUUUGUGGGAAAACAUUCUUUCAAAAUAAUAAUUUAUCUAGGCACAAACGUAUUCACACAGGAGAGAAAUCAUACCACUGCAAUAUCUGUGGUAAAAGAUUCUCUCAAAUAAAUACCUCAACUACCCACAAAUGCAUUCAUACUGGUGAGAAACCAUACUACCAUAAUGAGAGUUUUUCAAUAUGAUUUGAUAAUGUAUAAUAUUUAAAUUAAAAUGUAAUGUGAACUGGUGACAUUUUAAUAUUGAAUAACUGAUAAGGCGGUGAGCUGGCAGAAACGUUAGCAUGCCGGGCGAAAUGCUUAGCGGUAUUUUGUCUGUCUUUAUGUUCUGAGUUCAAAUUCUGCUGAGGUUGACUUUACCAUUCAUCCUUUUGGGGUUGAUAAGUUAAGUACCAGUUGCAUACUGGAAUCAGUCUAAUUGACUGGCCCCCUCCCCAACAAUUUCGGGCCUUGUGCAUAGAGUAGAAAAGAAUAUUGAACAACUGAUGGCUGAAAUAAAUGAUCAAGGAAACCUAUUUAGAAUUA